AUUUCGGGAAUGAAGUACACGCGAUUGUCGAUCGUGGAAAUUUUGAUGGAACGCGCGGGACGAACGGUACACGCCGGCGAAAUUGAUUCCGCCGCAGGAAUGCCUCCGGGCUAAGAAAGACAUUAAAUUCGCUACGCCCGUUCAGUACCGGCGCAGGAUGUAAGUUGCAAAGUAACUAACACACAAGUGGCCGCAAAUAGACGCAAAUAAAUGCAUCUCUCUUCCGCCCCCGCGCCCGUCGUCGGCGGUGGUGUACACACACGCACACAAGCCGCACGCAUCAUCGCCAACGGCGAGCGCGAAGGGGCACGUCAUGCAGCAGCGAUGAUAAAGCGACAAGCGGACCGGCCCGGUCUCUAUCCGCCCGUCGACGGUAAUCUGUCGAAUACUUUGUCUGGAAUCAUCGCAGAUUGGCCGGCGUCUCUCUCCCCCUCGCGACGGGGCCGGCGAGAGAUCCCUUAGCGAAAUCCCCCCGGAUGUCGUUAUAAAAGCCGGCGCGCCGAAGCGCGCCGUGCGUCUUUCUUCAGCGACGGAGGCUCGUCCUGACUUGCGUGCGCACGACACGGUAAACGGAAAACAACGCUCCUACAAUCUCCAUCCACCAUGGUGCAGAUCGUCGGCAAGUAUCAGUACACGUCGAACGAGAACUUGGAGGAGUACAUCAAGAGCCUCGGCAAGGGCGAGCUCGCUGACGUGUUCCUGCAGACGUCGCCGGUCGUCGAGAUCCAGCAGAACGGCGAACAGUGGGUGGUCACGGUCACCAGCCAGGGCAAGACCGCCACCGCCACCUUCAAGCUCGGAGAGGUCUACGACGAGCAGCUUCCCUCCGCGGGCAUCAGCUUCAAGAGCGUGACCACGAGGGAGAGCGAAGGCUUUAAAACCGAGACUACAUUAGGCGCGGACCUCAAAUCGAUCAGAGUUUACGAAUUCACAGACACCGAAAUGAUCGUGCACUUAUCCUCCACUAAGAGCGACGUUAAAGCCAAGCGUGUAUACAAAAGACUGUAAAGAAGUCCGGUUCCUAAUUUAAAUAGCAUUAUAUAAAAUAUCGCACUGUUUUAUUAAAGUGAUUCAAGUGUAA